CAUACUGACUAAUAUUCGAAGGAAGUCUCAUCGUUUAUAUCAUUUUCACGGUGCGAAUCUGGGAAGGUUGCGCUCGCACCAUUUACGUGUCGGACGGCAACGAUUCUGGGUACAAGAAGAAUAUUCCGGCAGAGAAAAAGUCUGCCGAAGCACUCUCAACUCCAAUAAGAGUCACCAGGAAGAAUAUCCCACGGCGUGAUGGAUCUCGUCAAUCACUUAUCCGACCGGCUACUCUUCGCGGUUCCCAAAAAGGGUAGACUCCAAGCCGCAACCCUAGACUUACUGGCCGGGUCAGACAUUCAGUUCCGGCGAGAAACAAGACUUGAUAUUGCGCUCGUCAAGAACCUACCACUGGCGCUAAUUUUUCUGCCGGCAGCAGACAUUCCGACAUUUGUGGGCGAAGGCAAAGUCGAUUUGGGUAUCACUGGACGAGAUCAGGUCGCCGAGCAUGAUUCACGACUAGCACUUGGCGAGCAGUCAGGAGUCGAAGAGGUUAUGGACCUCGGCUUUGGGAAAUGUAAGCUGCAAGUACAGGUCCCGGAUAAAGGCUCGAUACAGAAAGUCGAGGACCUUGUAGGCAGGAACAUCGUCACGAGUUUUACAGGGCUUGCAGAGGACUAUUUCGCGCGCUUGGAAGGUAUGGGGAGCCGAAAGGAGAGCAUCAACGGCACAGCGAGUCCAGUGCCCAAAUUGAAGACCAAAAUCAAGUUUGUUGGUGGCAGUGUUGAAGCAGCAUGUGCGUUGGGAGUCGCUGACGGCAUUGUCGACCUGGUCGAGUCUGGUGAGACAAUGCGUGCUGCGGGUCUCAAAGCGAUUGAUACGGUGGUCGAGAGCACGGCAGUCCUGAUCAAGUCGAGGUCUGUGUCGAAUGAGAAGUUGGUCAACUUGAUCGCUGCGAGAAUACGAGGAGUCAUCACCGCCCAGAGGUACGUCCUGUGUCAGUACAAUGUUCCGAGAGCCAAGUUGCCCGCCGCCACAAAGAUCACGCCCGGCAAGAGGGCGCCCACGAUCACUGCCCUUGACGAGCCGGACUGGGUUGCCGUCAGCUCAAUGGUGGAGAAAAAGAAUAUUGCCACGGUGAUGGACGAAUUGACUGCAACGGAUGCAACCGAUAUCUUGGUUCUAGAUAUUGCCAACUCGCGGACGGGGUGAACUGAGGGUUUUCUGGCAUGUCAAUGGUUUUAAAAGGGCUAGAAGGGACCUGCGUCGAAAAAUCGCAUAUCACAUAGACAAAACCGUGGAUCUGGAUUUGUGGAACAUGUAAGGAGUAAUUGGAUAUAUGGUGCCACGCAGAGAGCGAGCUUGAGGACAAUAGAUUCUGAGAAUUGUAUCGCUCAGUUCCUGAUACGUUCCAGCAGGCACAGCAUGCCAUACCUACGGAACUAUCGAAACAAAUGAAUGCAGUACAUACCCCCUAGAUAACCUUUUUGAUACGUGUAUUCCACCACCAUUUGAGAGGUAGAACACUCCCAGCAUCCUUGUCCUGCACGGGUGUCGAAGUGCAUACUGUAAAAGGAGCUUUUAGCGUUGAUUGCUCAAUAUCGGCCCCUAGCAUAGCCGAAAUACGAAGACUGACAUCACACGUAGGUAUGUGACUAAGCCACACUCCCUCGCUAGAAAUGCGACCACCAUCCCUCC